CCCCACCAAGACCAACCAUGUCCUUCCCGGUCCUGGUCCCGGUACCCAGCAAUCAGCUCCUUCGCCGCCGGUGGCAUAGUGAUGGUGGUGCUGGACAUAGCCCGGGAGAGCCCCGAGUACGACCCCCACGUCCGUACGGUACUCGACGCCGCCUUGGACGAGGUAAUGGGGCGGCUACGGGCGGCGCCGGACACUUACGUGAUGCGGUCCGACGAGUUUGCCUUGUUCAGCUUCUUUCGGGACAGGUUCGAUGCCACGGAUGGGAUCAUCAUAGGCGCCCGGAAGCGGUAUUGG